AUGGAGCUUCCUCCGCUCCCAGUCAAGCAUGACGAUUGGAUUGCGCAUAUUUCUAGUCAUCCAGACAAGUCGUUGCCUGAGUUGAUCGCUCCAUACAAAGAAUACGAUGCCAAACUACGCGAGGUCUUUGCCCAACAACCAAGCCACCCUGCAAUAGCAAUUCCCAAUGUCGUCCCUAUAUUCUCAGGGCACGAGUGUGAGUUGAAGGUUCGUGCUCGCAACCUCGCAGAAGAAACCGAAGAUGAACGCCAACGCUACAUCAUGCCCCUCAGCAAUGCGGAGCGUAAGCCCAAUGGCUCUCCAGCGGUCGUGACAUCGCUCAGAGAGUUCCAAACAAACUUUCAGUUAUUUUCCGAGUCAUCUCUCGUUGACUUGGACUGGUCCAAUGUUGUAGCUGCAGGCAGUUCUGUCGUGACAUCCUUGUUGCCAGUCUCUGAGCAGCAUAAAUCUUCCAAGCGAGCCCUCAGAGGAUACUACCAUCAAAAGUUGGCACCUGCUUCUGAUGUUGAUCUCUUUCUCUAUGGACUCAGCGAGGAACAGGCUGUCGAGAAGAUCAAGCAGAUUGAACAGCGCAUCAAGGACUCAAUACUGACUGAGACGACUACGAUCCGCACAAAGAACGCCAUCACUAUCGCUUCUCAGUACCCAACUCGCCAUGUCCAAAUCGUUCUACGUAUCUAUAGGUCUAUAUCUGAGAUCCUUACGGGUUUCGAUGUGGACUGCUCUUGUGUUGCGUAUGACGGGAAACAAGUCUAUGCCAGUCCGCGUGCUCUGGCUGCUUUCAUGACCCAGAUCAACACAAUCGAUCUGACCCGUCGCUCUCCCUCGUACGAGAAUCGCCUUUCCAAGUACGCGCGGAGAGGGUUUGAAGUUUACUGGCCGCUUCUCGAUCGCUCUCGCAUUGACCCGACGCUGUUUGAACGUUCGUUUGGGCGAACGCUUGGUCUUGCCAGGCUAUUGGUUCUUGAGAAGCUGCCCAGCAGUACUGCUCGAGAGGCUUAUGUCAACGAGCGUCGCACUGAGCGUGGAAGACCGCGGAUUGAUCGAAGGCCUACGAGAAAGCUGCGGGGAAAUAUGAAAGACAUGCACGAAGAGGAUGUUGCAGAAUGGGUGGAGACUGACGAAGUCAGUGACUACCAUACCUUCACCAUUCCAUAUGGGCCAAAAUAUUCUGCACGAAAGAUUGAAAGGUUGCUGUACGCGAAAGACCUGCUACUCAAUGCAGAGUGGAACCGGCCAAAAACCCGAGAGACUGCACUGCAUCGCCACCCUGCAUUCUUUGGAAAUGCAACUGACGUAAUAGGGGAUUGCUGUGGCUACUGCCCCAAGCCAGUCACGCCCGAAGAAGAAGAAAUUGCAGCAGAAGAGGGAAAGAUCUAUGUAUCCGGGGAUCUAUCAUUCAUGAAAGAUGACCCGGGACGCCAGGCUAUCGGGUCAUUCCAUCCUCUCACCGAUGACGACUGGACGGAUAUGGCCUAUGUUGGCAAUACCGCAAGACUAUGUCGCGCCAUUGUAGACUGCGAUCUUGAACAUGUCCAGGACUGGUUGAGCCAAGAAGGUGCUGAUCCCAAUCAGCGCGACUACACCGGCCGUACUCCACUUCAUCUGGCAGUCACGACAUCCACAUUGGAGAUUGUACAAGCUCUCAUUGAUGCAGGUGCUCGGCUUGUCUCCCGCCUGUUUGAUGGAAAGACUGCUCUUCAUCUUGCGGCUAUGCGCGGUGAAACUGAAAUGGCCAGGGCACUUCUUACCAGGAGCGAAGCCAAUGAAGAAAAAGAGACUCUUAAGCAGAGCCAACAGCAUGCUCCAAAAGGAGGCAGUGAUGUGGUCUCUGCAAGAUUGGAAGAGGAGAACAACACGAAUGAAGACGAGGCCAAUUCUUUCGAUGAAGAGUCUGAGAAUGACGACGUGAUGACGGAAGGCUCUUUCGUGAAAAUCAGGAACCAGGAAACAUCAAGUCACGAUACAUUACCGGAAGACGCGGAUGGUGAGCCCGACAUUUAUGACAUUAAUGUGUUGGCCUGGGACGCGCCAGUAUCCGCACUGCAUCUUGCCAUUGCCAACGGUCAUUUGCACACGGUGGAAAUGCUCGUCCAAGACUUUGGUGCCGAUGUGUUACUGCCCAUUAAGCUUGUAAACUCCCAUGACAAAUCGCCGCGGGCUGCAAUUCUCCCAUUAGUCCUUGCACUGCAUCUCCCACCCGAGAAGGCCAAAGAAAUGACGAAAUUACUCAUCAGUCUUGGUGCCUCACCAGCUCAAGCAGAUGUCAACAACAUGACAGCAUUGAGCUACUUUGCUGCGUAUGGAAAGGAUCUAGUGCAAACCAUGAUCUCAUCAAAUCGACCUGCGGCAGAACGAGCCGCCAACCAUCUUUCUUGGAGCAACAAUUCACAUCAACCAGAUGCAAAGAGCAUCCUGAAUAUUGCUAUAAAAGGUAGAGAUCCCGAAACGGUCGAGGCACUGCUAGAGCUCGGAGUCAAACCCGAGGUUGAUUUCGAUACAUACAUCUCAUCUGUCAAAAGCCCGGCCCACCUGGGGCGCGACACUGAGAGAAAUGAACGGUACUUUAGGGAAUGGUUUGAGCAACCCGUAUUCUCUGCCCUCCGCUCCGAUCUGCCUUCAGUAGUCCAAAUGCUCCUGGAUGCCGGUGCCGACAUCAAUUCUCUUUCUGAGAAUUUAUGGAAGAAGCGUUCUUAUCCGAAUAACAUGCAGAAUGAUGCGGGUACUUUGUUGGACUCUGUUCGUAAGAAGAUCGAGUCCCUUCGUGUUUCCACCGGCUGGGUAGACAACAUCGAUUACUACGCUCCAGCUCUGCCAGCUCCACUACAAGAUGACGCCCAUUACCUUCAAGACUACAAGCCCGGCACUUACUCUCAUUUAGUUGUGAGAAAGCAAAUUGAAGACGCUAGGACAAAGUAUGAGAAAGACUUGGAGAAAUACCAAGACCAUGCGGAGCCCGAGAAAGAGACAAAAGGUACUGCGGAAAAGAAGGCGGCUGCUGAGUCUUUAGUCAAAGAGUUCGAAGCGCUUGAGCGUCGCUUAGUUGAACGGGGCGCGAAGACCUUGGAGGAGCUUGACCCUGAGCACGUAGGCCCGGAAAUUCCAGGACCCAAUUAUUACGACCGUUACCGGGUAAUUCCAAAGACAUGGAGCCAGAACCUGACCUUCCGUCUCCCGAAUUUGACUGAGGAGCGAAGGAAGGCUUACAUCAAGCUAUUUGAAGCAUGCUGGGAGGGUGAUGGCGUAACAAUCAAGAAGCUCACCCUAGCUAUCUGGGGUGAUAACCAAACUCCUCUUCAAAUUGCCGUUCAGGAUUCAGAGGACUUCUCACCUUUAUCUGUUGCUUUGCUGCGCAAGCAUUAUGGCAUUGCAACACUUAUCCUCGAGAUUGCGCAAGCGCAAUAUGGCCCAGAGCAAAAGCCAUCGGCAAGACACACGAUCCAACAAGAAGACGAAGAUGAUAGCAGCACUGAUGGCGGUGAAGAUGAAAUCGCGAUUUACUCUGAAAUUGUGAACGACCAAUUUACCAUUGAGAAUGUUGGUGAGGUACAAAGUCAGGUCAGAAGCACGAUAAAGCCCCUGGAGAUGAUCAACUGGGGUUGCUCUAUGUUUGAGUUCAUCGCGAAUAAUAGCUCGUCAUCAGGGCUGGAGAUACCUGGUGGCGACCAAAGCCAAGAAAAACGAAGAAAAAACAUCGGUAGACCUCACAAUCUGUUCCAAUUCGCCAUCUACUUGGACGACGCCAAUAUGUUCGAGUUCUUGAUUUCAAAGUGCGAAGAAUAUACCCGAAUAGACUCGUCUACCUCCGAUGACACCAGUCCAAAAUUCUUCAAUUUCUCUGAACCCGACUUUCUGUAUGCAAUCGGCCUUGGUCGAGUGCAACUGCUCGAGAAAAUUAUCAAACGCACUGGAGUAGGAUUUCCACUGAACGAUCUUGUCGAAAAGAGUGGUAUUGAGAUACCCAUGAAUCCAAAGUACUACCAAGGACUCUCUGUUUAUGGUAAGAAGCGAGCAGAUUGGGCAAAUGUUGGAGGAGAUACCAGUGGCAAAGUUCGUGACAUGCAGCAUUCACCUGUGCUGCGUGCGGUUCAUUAUGGGAACUUGCAGAGUGUCGAGUGGUUCUUGAGUGAUUCUCCGUUGCGUUGCUAUCUGCAAUUUGUGGAUACUCAUCGUGACGACGUUCGGAUUCAGAAUCUCGGAAAAGCCAAGGGUGGGCUGGAGGCAUCCAUUACCAAAUGGCUCGGUCUGAACUCUCACUUGCUACUACACUGUGCCGUGAUGAGCCGGAAGAGUGAGGAAACUGCGUACCUACUCCGGCAACUGUGCAAGUCCCACCCCGAGGCUCUCGAAAAACGGUCGGUAAAUGGCAUGACCCCCCUGCAUCUCGCUUUUGCUCUCCACCGGGUCGAAAUGGCCAAGAUUCUUAUAGAAGCCGGCGCUGAUCAAACAACACGGAAUAACGAAGGACACAACAUUGUUCACUCUAUACUGGAUCAGUCUUGUAAAGACAAAACCAGCGUCCUUCGUGAGAUGCUGGACUUGAUUGAUACUCGUCUCAUUCCUAGUAUGUUUCUCGAGCGAACUCAGAGCGCACCCGGUGCAGCUACACCGCUUGCACGCUGGGUUCAUGUCAAUGUGCAGAAUCGGGAAUACAGUUUUGACAAGGAAAAGCACGAGGAGACCCUUAUGCUGUUGCUUGAGUUCAGCAAAGGCGAAGAUCUCGGGAUCAUCAAUGGCGAUGGAGAUACACCUGUCCAUGCUGUAGUCAGGUACCAUGCAGACACAUUGCUACGCGUCAUGCUGGACCAACGCCCCCAAACCCUCUUCUUCGAAAAUGCGUCAGGACGCACCCCAUUCGAAAUUGCAGAAGACACUUAUCUUUCAGAAAAAGUCUUCAACAAUCCGCCACCGCUUUCGCCCGCUGAGCGGCUUGCAGAUCCGAGACUAUUCGGUCGAUCAUUCUACAGGCGCAGGAAUGCCCAGGGUAUACUUAGAAAGGAUCCACAAUCGUUUAUUGAAAGCCCUAAAGAGCAUCGCUCCAGCAUUGCAAAAGUAUUGCAAAUCUGCAAGGACAGUGCUGCAAAGCAAAGCCAGGGUCGAAAGAGAAAACUGGUCAGUCUGGUUGAAGCCAACGAAGUGGCAAAGAGGCUUGCGGCAAGAACUGAAACCCGCUAUGUGCGUGCUCGACUAAACGAAGAGCAAGUUACAGAGGGAGAAGAUGAGGAGAAGGCCCCAAGGUGGGACGAGGUGACUAUCUGGUUCCAUUACUAG